AUGGUCGCUUCUACUUGCUGCAAGACUACCCAGGGCGCAGGCUGCGUCUGCGCUGCUCAGGCCAAGUGCUCCUGCGGCAAGGAGUCUGCCCUCCACUGCACUUGCAACAAGGCUUCCUCUGAGAACGAGAUCUCGGGCCCCCGCUGCUCUUGCCGCUCUCGCCCCGCUGGCCAGUGCACCUGUGAGCGCGCUGUCUCCGAGAACAAGCCCGUCCAGGGCGAGACUUGUGCCUGCGGCAGCCGUCCUUCUGCUUCCUGCACCUGUGAGAAGGCUGAGGGUGUUGAGUCCGCUCUGGAGCAGGACUUCACCACCCGCGCAUGA